AUGUCAGAGCCAAAGUAUAGAAUUGCUAUAGGAUGCGAUGACGCAGGCGUGAGCUACAAGAACGCCAUCAAGGCCGACUUUGAAAAGGACCCCCGGGUCGAGUCCGUCACGGACGUCGGCAGCGACGGCACGCACGACAAGACCGCCUACCCGCACCGCGCGAUCCAGGCGGCCAGGCUCGUCGCCGAGGGCAAAUGCGACCGGGCGCUGCUCAUCUGCGGGACGGGCAUGGGCGUGGCCAUCUCGGCCAACAAGAUCAAGGGGAUCAGGGCCGUCACGGCGCACGACAGCUUCUCCGUGGAACGCGCCGUCAUGAGCAACAACGCCCAGGUGCUGUGCAUGGGAGAGCGUGUCGUCGGGAUCGAGCUGGCUCGGAGACUGGCCAAGGAGUGGCUGAGCUACCAGUUCGACCCAAACAGCGCCAGUGCUGCGAAGGUAGAGGCCAUCAUGCAGUAUGAGAACGACUUUCACGAGGUUCCGGCCUCGUCAUGA